CGCGUAAAUGUUUGCCCAGCCUAGUAGUAACAGUCCCGCGUGAAUUCCUACAUUUCACAGCUGGGUACAAUCUCAGCUCUGACGACCAAAGUGCCCCAUUUAUUCCUCACCUAGACAGAAACAACGAGAGGGUGGUAAAGAAAAGAACCCCAGCCGGGAAAGAGGAAGGCGAGCUCAGAGGAUGGCAGUAAUGGAGGCAGAGCAAACCACAUAUGCAGUACAUGGCGUUUGCGAGUAGGGGGAGCUUUUAGAGAGAGAAGGUUCCUCUUCCCCACUCUCACUCUCUCUCUCUCUCUGCCUUUUGCAUUUGUGCCUUUUCUUCUUCUAUUCUACGGCCUGCUACUUUUGAUUCCCCCAGAGCUUUCUUUGUUGACAAUUCCCCGAACACUGCACGAGCAUUCAUUCUCCGGUUCUCCCUUCCUCCCUCACUCACUCUGGUACUUGAGGCACUUCCCACUAAACGCCUCGGCCUUCUUCCUCCUCCCCUCCCCUGGAAAAUCUGCCCAGUAAAACCCCGUACCCCAUUGGCCUUCUGCGUUUCUGUCUCCGGCCAACAGAGCUCGCGCCGCCUUUCUCUGCGCCAUAUAUCCUGGUUGCUCCGUAAAGACCGUAACCUUGCUGCUUCUCGCUGUUGGCCAGCCUUCGUUGGGGACUCCUUCGAGUGAGCAUUUUUUGUGGGGACUCGAUCGAUCACCUUGAAGAAAAAGAGCAAAGUGGCAAGAUACUUUGUUUGGGGAUGGCUGAUAUGAAGCCAGAGGAGGUGAGUCAUCCACCCAUGGACCAGCUUCAGGGUUUGGAGUACUGCAUAGACUCCAACCCUUCAUGGGGGGAGGCAGUUGCCCUGGGGUUUCAGCAUUACAUCCUUUGCCUGGGGACUGCAGUGAUGAUCCCCACAUUCUUGGUUCCUCUCAUGGGUGGAAACGCUCAUGACAAGGCAAAGGUGGUUCAAACAAUGCUGUUUGUGACUGGAAUCAACACACUGCUACAGACUCUAUUUGGAACUCGGCUUCCGACCAUCAUCGGAGGCUCCUAUGCAUUUGUGAUCCCAGUCAUAUCAAUAAUCCGAGACCCCUCAUUGACACAAAUAGCUGAUGACCAUACAAGGUUCAUCAUGACUAUGAGAGCCACACAGGGGGCCUUGAUAAUAUCCUCCUGCAUUCAAAUAGUUCUUGGCUACAGCCAGUUGUGGGGGAUAUGCUCCAGGUUCUUCAGCCCACUUGGGAUGGUUCCUGUGGUUGCUUUGGUUGGGCUUGGCCUUUUCGAGAGAGGAUUCCCAUUGAUGGGGAGGUGCGUGGAGAUUGGUCUUCCAAUGCUAGUCCUGUUUGUUGCACUUUCGCUAUAUCUGAAGCAUGUACAAGUGCGUCAUCUUCCGAUACUUGAGAGGUUCUCACUGGUCAUCUCAAUUGCCCUUGUAUGGGUAUAUGCCCACAUCCUCACGGUGAGCGGGGCGUACAAGCAUAGCUCGCUGGCCACCCAAGUCAACUGCCGUACUGACCGUGCUAAUCUCAUAGCCUCCGCGGACUGGAUUAGUAUCCCAUACCCAUUGCAAUGGGGACCGCCUACUUUCAGUGCGGAUCAUGCAUUCGGUAUGAUGUCUGCUGUGAUGGUAUCAUUAGUAGAGUCAACUGGAGCAUUCAAGGCUGCUGCCCGGUUGGCAAGCGCAACACCGCCACCACCAUAUGUUCUGAGUAGAGGCAUUGGAUGGCAGGGGAUUGGACUGUUAUUCGAUGGGCUAUUUGGUACUGUGGCUGGCUCCACUGUCUCUGUUGAGAACGUUGGCUUUCUUGGAUCAACCAGGAUUGGUAGUAGAAGAGUGAUUCAGAUCUCCGCGGGUUUCAUGAUCUUCUUCUCCAUCCUAGGGCGAUUUGGAGGGCUAUUCGCCUCUAUCCCAUUCACGAUAUUUGCCGCCAUAUAUUGCGUCAUGUUUGGCUAUGUUGGUGCUGUGGGGCUCUCCUUUAUGCAGUUCACCAACAUGAACUCCAUGCGCAGCCUCUUCAUCAUCGGUAUCUCGCUAUUCCUCGGCAUGUCCAUCCCGGAGUACUUCUUCCGCUACACCAUGAGCUCACAGCAGGGCCCCGCGCACACAAGAGCCGGAUGGUUCAACGACUACAUCAACACCAUCUUCUCCUCGCCUCCGACUGUUGCACUCAUCAUCGCGGUGGCCCUUGACAACACACUGGAGGUGAGGGACGCAGCAAGGGACCGUGGGAUGCAGUGGUGGGAGAGGUUCAGGACGUUCCGCGGGGACAGCCGGAACGAGGAGUUCUACACCCUGCCCUUCAACCUCAACCGGUUCUUCCCGCCAUCUUGAGAGAGACGACGGUAGGUUUGGUUAUUAGGAUGAACCCCAGCAUUGAGUGGAUCUAGCCACUCUCCAAGGUUGUAAUUAUGGUUGGCUUCCAUGUAGAAGAGUAGCAGUAGGUGUAGAAGUAGAGCAAAGAGAUGCUUUAUUUGAUGCUAACCGGAAGUCCAAGCCUAAAAGCCUUGCUGGCAAGAAAGGAAAGGAUCGGCUGGUUCUAUUGGGAGACCAUCUGUGGUUUCAGGAGGAUUGUGGUGGCUCACUGUGAGAAAUGAGAAUUCAAUUGUUCUGCACUUCAUUUAUCUU